UCCGGAACUACUUUCUGUGCCAUCGUUAUGAAGUAGGAGUGAACGUGUAAUUUUUUGACCGUCUUGUUAUUUACAAGAGAGUACAUGCCAUGGAUAUGUUACCAGAUUUUGUCAAGGUCGUUCUAGUUUUUAUCGUUGUAACGAUCACAGGAUCCGACGGAGAGGGAGGACCAUGCAAGUUGCGGAAAGAUGAUCUUUGCGAUGUUAUGCAGUGUAAUGAUUGGAGGGGGAGACUGUACAUCAGUACGUCACAAGCUAUGGAGGGAUCCACUUGUUUCUUUCGUUGCGCAAACGAAACUUUUACAACUUGGAAGAGAUGCCAGGAUGGCAAAUGGAAAAUUUACAAAAGAAAUGGGAAGGACAUUUCAUUGGAAAAGCGCGUAGCUGUACGGCGGGUCAAGAGAGGAUUUUGGAGUGCCAUCGGAAACUUUUUCAAGUGUAUUUUUACCCUUGGAUUCCUGUGUGGAGGCCGUGAUAGAGAUACGGUCCCUCCUUCUCUCCAUUGUCCGUCAGAUAAAUGGACGCUGUCUGAUGAUUUGCAAGAUUCUGCCACAGUUCAUUGGACCGAGCCAACAGCUAGAGAUGACCGAGAUGGACACGUAAGGGUACAUCGUAAUGGACGUGGCCCAGGGCUUCCCUUUUCGGAAGGUACAACUGUUAUUGGAUAUUACGCACGAGAUAAGAGUGGAAACAUGGCGAGAUGUUCCUUUAGGAUCGUCGUGGAAGUUCCGCGGUGCGAAAACCUUCCCUCCUUAGCGGAUGGUUACUACAUGUGUCACCCGAGCUCGGAUAUGGUGAAGGGUACUGUAUGUCGGUUUGGAUGUUAUAACGGACACAGGCUUGUAGGAGAUCGAUCAACAAGAUGUACAGAAUACGGAACAUGGACAAACAAUAUCCCAAAGUGCGAACGACGGAAAUGCGAGCCCCCUUUAACAGGUACGGGUGAAACAACCGUGCAGUGUUCAGAUCAGAAUUUCUAUCGCAGCAAGUGUUCAUACACCUGCGCAGAUGGAUUUGAUGUCAAACCAGGCAUGACACGGGUACGGGUGUGUACAAAAGACGGAAUGUGGAGGGGAAACGAACCGAAAUGUACAGACGUUACGCGUCCUGUGAUCACAAACUGUACCAGGGCUGUGUACGGGUUUGCCGACAGAGGAAGUACAUCUGGGAGUCUACAUUGGGCGGAGCCGUCUGUGUAUGAUAACGCUGAUAAAACAAUACGGUUACAUCGUACAGGCCCGAGUAGUGACGAACGUCUGGAGGCCGGAACGUAUGACGUAACGUAUACAGCAGUGGACAAGUCUGGCAAUGAAGCCGUCCCAUGCCGAAUGAAGGUUGUCGUAAAAAUGCUUAGAUGUCCACCAAUACACAGCCUUCCUCACCAGACGGUCGACUGUCCAGACGGAUAUAAGUAUGGAUCUCAGUGUUACUUCAAAUGUGCUAAUGGGUCUCUGAUUAAUGGCACGGAGGUAGCUAGCUGUGAAAGGGAAAGUACGGGGCAGUAUGUUUCCUGGCGAUGGGGAGACUACCAACCAUUCUGCAAUGUUGUUCAGCUAUGUGAAGAUGAUCUCCGGCCUCCAGAUAAUGGAGCCUUAGCGUGCGACAACUGGUUCGGUGGCAAGUUCUGUCAGAUGUUGUGCAAGAAAGGAUACGAUAUUCCACCAGGGUACAUCCAUUCUGAUAUGUACGUGUGUGGCGAAUCAGGACAGUGGCUACCCGGGCCCGAUUUACCUAACUGUGCGAAAUCAUUUAGCAGUCACACCUCAGCUUUGCGUAUGGGCGUGAAUUACUAUUUUGACGGUGAUUGUAAUGACGCCGACGUGAUUGAGGAUAUCAAAGUGAAGUUUAUUAACGCAUUGAAGACCUCUCUAUUCAAGGAUGCUUGCGAGGUUUAUGCUGAAAAAUGUUACCCUGGAAAUGUCCAAGUUCAAUGUGGAUAUAAGUCUGGAAAGCGAUCCACAAAUCUCAACAUCCAAUUCGAUAUGGAAAUCACUGUCAGAUCACCGUUCGGAAACAAGACCUUCGGGAAAUUAAAUCAAAACAUUACAUCACUAAUGGUUAAUGUUGACAAUGGAACAUUUAAGAUACCGGACUUACCAGACGGUUCAGUCAUUACUGUUCAGGAUUUCCAUUUUGACAGACUCCGAAUCAUCUGUGAUGGGAACUUGGUUCCGUCGUACGUCAGUGAAUCAUGUGUGGAAUGUCCCGUCGGAACAUACUAUGAUAAAGAUACCAAAUCCUGUCUGAUGUGUGCUAUUGGAGAAUAUCGACCGUCAACCGAUAGCGCAAGUUGUAUCAAAUGUCCAAACUCACAGACUACACGGCGAGAGGGGGCAACCUCAAUCGAUGAAUGUGAAGAUGCUUGUCCAUUAGGAACUUUUUCGAAGGAUGGGUUGCCGCCAUGUACACCUUGUCCGGUAGGUACAUAUACAGACGGGUAUGGCUCGGAGACAUGUAUGGCCUGUCCCGUGUCCUCAACUACAUUGACAGAGGGUACAUAUCGGCAGCGGGACUGCAAAGAUUUCGACCUUGUGAUUUCCAACUCCAGUGGAAAAGUUGUCUUACCUAUCAACAGCGCUACCAUAAACAGAGAACUCAAUUUUACUUUGGGAUUUAGAAUGAAACUUCAACAAACUCCGAUUGGCUCUGUCAUUCGGUUGAACUUUCCCAACAUUAGUGAAUACGUUGAUAUCAGCUUUGUCAAAGGCAUGGUUAUUAUUACUGUAAACAGUGUUCAUAUCACUUCAAAUGUGUCGUUGGGUAACACCCUCUGGCAUUCGUUGGUAUUAGGUGUCGAAGAAAGCGAAGUUCAGUUAUAUAUCGAUGGUUACAGAUCAGCCUUGCAAUACAAUACCCGUAUAAGAAAUCACGAAGAAAAGCUUCCAGGACCAAACAUCGUCAUUGCGGAUGGAAAUGUUAUCGGCAGCUUAGCUCAUUUGAAUAUCUGGUCCCAGGACAAUUCGCUAGAUGACAUUCUCAGCAUAGUUUCUCGUUGUGAUCAUACACGCCAAGGAGACCUGUUAGGAUGGAAGGAGUUUGAGAAUGUGGAUAGAGAGGACGUCUUCAUACAAAUACCCAGCGUAUGUGAUGACCAUGACAACUGCGAUGUUAGUACCUGUAACGGUGGACAAUGUAUAGAUGGUCUCCACAGCCAUACCUGUGUUUGUCCAAUAGGACUAAAGGGAGACAACUGCGAAAUUAAUACCGACGACUGUGGAGACAAUUCCUGUGAAAACAACUCCACAUGCGUAGACGGGAUCGGGGGAUAUACUUGUCAAUGUGGCAUCAACUGUAAAGGAGAUUUAUGUGAAAUCGAAAUUGUUGACGGGAAUUGGAGUGUGUGGAGCAACUGGUCCGAAUGUUCCUCUACCUGUGGCAAUGGAACAUCGACAAGGAAGCGUCUCUGUAAUAACCCAACACCGGAUCACGGCGGCAAGGAUUGUUUUGGCGAAGAUUUUGAAACUGUGUUCUGCAACAUGGAAAAUUGUCCUGUUUGUAAAAAGCUUACAGCCCCAGAUAAUUCUAUCCUCGACUGUAUCUGGAAUACUACCGAGGAGGCCAUUAACUGUACUCUUUCCUGUAACCAUGGUUACAAUUUUGAUCACGCUGCAAAGACGGUCUUUCAAUGCGGACCGGACACAUUUUAUUUAUGGGAUUUCCAAACCGAUGACAACCCUUAUGGACGACUUCCGGCAUGCACAAAAAUCGCCGAGGGCAGUAAAAUAGACUGGACAUACAGGACUUCGUAUGAAGAUUUAACGUGUAACGAGGACAACUUUGAACUUGUUACCAAGAAGAUAAAAACAGUAGUGUAUGAGGCUACCCAGUCAAUAACUUGUCAACAGGACGAGUCUUGUACAUUGGUGAAUAUUGACGUGACAGAAUGCUUAGCUAACAGACGAAGACGUUCUACCAACAUAGAAACAGCUGGGUUUUCUUCAGAUUUCACAUGCGACGCUACAAGAUUUACUUCAGAUGGAUGUAAGGAUAUUGUAAUCGGCUCGCUAGAAGACAUCAUAAUAAAAAUACGUGAUAAUGCAUUCAAUACCAUUGUUGAUGACGUAGAAUAUCCAAUCAAACAGAACAGUUCUGCAUUCGGAGGGAGUGUUACCUGUGACCCCGGGACUGUCCCCGUACGUCAUUACUGUGUUCCCUGUAGUACUGGUAGAUAUCAACAUGGUGACAGUUGUGAGAAAUGCUCUGAGGGGACCUUUCAGUCUAACGUUGGACAGACGUCCUGUGUGAGCUGUCCUGAUGGAUUCACUACUGAGGGAAGAGCUUCAACAACAAAAGCGGACUGCAACGUUUCUGUCAACAUACCACCUGAUCAUCGAGUUCCAGUGUGGCAAAUUGCUGUUCCAAUUGCAAUAAUGGUAUUCGGUAUUGUUGGUGUGAGCUGCAUCACAUUUAGAAAGAUGAAACGACAAAAGAGUAGUCACAUAGUCAGCCGACUGGAAACUAAAACAGACAAUUCGAAACUUCCCGAUGAAUCGGAACAUGAGCUGGAGGAUUUAAUUGAUCAGAAGCAGUAGAUGCUGCCAUUGGAUGGUUGUUAACUGGACCCACAAAUCUCAAUCAGACUGUCAUCGACUACAGUAUCAUCUCCAUGGAUAUAAACACGUUAUGGAGACAAACAAAAACAUGUAUGUGUUUGUACGGUGUUGAUUGUCCCACUUUACAAUCAAACUUUCCUGAAUCGGAACAUGAGCACGAGGAUUCAGUUAAUCAGGAACAGUAAAUGUUGUCAUGGAAUGGCACUCACAAAUAUAGAUCUGACUCUUGGUCGCCUACACUAUGGCAGAUAUGACCUUCAUGGAUCUGAACAUUUUAUAUUGGUGUGGAGACGUGUGUAUGGUGUUGAACUUUAGAGUAUAUCUUUGUAUUGAGGUACAUGCAUAACAUUAACAUGCAAAAGCGUGUUCAUUUGUUCAUUACAAUUAAGUAGCACAUCCAUCAUCAGGAAGUUGUUCAUGUUUCCCUGUAGAUAGAGGAAUAACAAUAAUAAUACUGAUGAUGUUAUCUGCUACAUGCUGUAAAGGGUUAGCGAUGGUAGAACCGUCUCUGACUGUUGAUUAACGUGUUUUCGUAUAUCAGCUCAACAGUAAUGAUUCUAUGACUAUUUUGCAGCGAAGGUGUAUGCAUAUAUCUAUUGGAAAUACCAAAAUCAUGCAAUAUUGCUGACAACGUCAAAGCUUUUCCACAAAAAAAGCUUUAAAUUUCCCCAGAUUGUCUAAUUUACAUAAUAUAGGUCCGGGUUCGUUUGAUCAACGAUAUCAUUAGUAUCUUUAUAUUGAAAAAACAUUUGUGUGAAUGCUGAUAAAAUCACCUUACACUCAUAAUAUAUUGUCUUUCAACGGUUUUGCUAAUAUAACACAUCUUAGAAAGCAUGCUAUUCUCUUCACUUGUACAAUGGUCAUUAUUUUAUCAAAGACAGUCAUACUAUAUGUUAGUAGUUGAUGGUCAUUGAUUUAUUACAAACAGUCACAUUUGUACAAUGGUCAUCAAUUUAUCAAAGUCACAAAUUAUGUUAGUAGUUUAUGGUAAUUAAUUUAUCACAAACAGUCGCAUCAUAUGUUAGCAGUUCAUGGUCAUUUUCUGUCAGGACAUUGUGUAAACGAAUGCUCUGAUCUUAUUCAGACUUGAUAAGCCAUUCAAGUGUGCAUUUUGGUUUUUUUUAGAAUCCUUUUCUUGCAAUAAAUUCGCCAUUUCCUCCUCUGUUGGCAGAAGAUAGCGUC